AUGCAAAUGGAAGAGUCUUCCUCUUGGGCUGGAUUGUCUUUUUCAAAAUCAUCACCUUCUUCGUCGUCUUUUUCCCCUUCUGGAAGCGGGAGUGUACGGUUUGGCCUUACAAACCAUCUACACAACGAUCAUGAAAUGGCUCCUUCCCCGCUGAAUUCGUCAGGUGAGGGCAGAAGCUUUUCCAACGACCAAGAUAAAGAACAAGUCAAAGAGCUUCCUCACUUUCCAUUAUUUUCUUCCUCGAUAAAGCCAGCCGAAGAUCAGCCUUCUGCUUUCUCAUCUUUUUUAUUUGCAGACACUCCGAUACGAGGAAAUGACAACACUGAAGCUCUUCUUAAACUAACAAAUCAUGCAGAGGAAUUAAAAUUGGAAUUAGAUAUGUGGAGAAAAGCAUAUCGAGAAUUGCAAGCAAAACAUACAGCGCGACUUGAAUCGAUAUUCAAAGAACAAAAACAACGAGAGGACGAGCUGCGCGAAAAGUAUGAAGAAGAGAAAGCGCUCUCUUUGAAAUGCGUUUCAAAAGCUAGUUAUGUCAUUUUGACUGAUUUGAAAAACCUAAUGUACAUGCUAAGACAUCAAAAUAUUGAAACUAUUUAUGAAAUGAUCAAUAGUGAUCUGAUUGAAAAAGAUCUCGAAACCGAUCAAUUUGUAACAACCUACAAGGAAUUUAAAAAUGUUCUGUACGGCGUCUUCAAAGCUCUUUCUCAUGAGAGACAGGCCAGCAAAGACAACUUGAUGGUUCUCAACAACUUGAAGAAAGAAAAUGAACGGCUGGAGGCAACUCUUCAUGACCAUCAAAGGGAAAAGGCCCUUACUAUCGAUUCACUUGUAGACAGCGACGACGAUAGUGCAGCACAAGAGCGAAUUGCCAUGCUUGAAGAAAAAACAAAAACACUUGAGAACAUUAUCAAAGAUCUGGAAGACAAGAGUGAAAAGAUCAAGGCCGAUAAAAUAGAGCUUGAGAAGCAAGUCUUGGCAGAAACUAGGGUGCGAAAAAACAUUGAAAGCAACGUUGAAACAAUGACAAAGUUGAAGAUUGACGCUGAAAGUCAAGUAAAUUAUCUGCGUGAUCAAUUGCAACAACGAGAGCAAAUUAUUAAGACAAAACAAAUGGAAAUUGAUAGAGUUUCAGAAUCACUUUCAAUAGCCAAUGACAAGUUACAAAACUUGGAAACCUCUCUCGAAAAACUAAAAGAAAAAUAUGGAGAAGAAAAUUCAUAUGAUUAUUCAGAACUGCAACAAGAGUUAGACGAAGUUACCAAACGAUUAAACCACAAGAACCAAGAAAAUGAAGACUUGAUAAGAUCAUAUGAAAUGAGAAUUGCACAAAUGCAAAUGGUCAUCCAGGAAAGUCAAAAAGUGAUUGACUUAGAGAGCAAGAAAACAGAGAGUAUAACGGCUCAUCACACAGAGUUAAUUGAGGCAGUUGACCGUCUGAAAGUUCUGUUGUUGGACUCGGGAGUAAUUAUCAAAAAUAGUAGAGACCACCAGUCCAUUGUUGACAAGGCGGUUGAGUUUAUAUCAGUAAGAAACCACCACCUUUCUAACAUUACCAGAGACUUUGACCUUAUCAAGAAGCGGCUUGAAGAGACAGAGAAUGAUAAGAUAAUUAUCAAGAAAGAGUUGGAGAAUGUUAUAGAAAAUUUACAACGAAAAUUGAGCGAGGACGCCAGAGCAAGAGAAGAAGAACGCCUAAAAUUUGACUCAAUUGUCCAUACACUCGAGGAGCAGCUCCAACAAAAGAGAGAUGCAUCAAACGAGCAAGCACAGAUGGCAGCUGAACAGACCAAGAGAUUGACAAGAACGGUAGAGCGACUUCAAAUCGAUUUGGGCGAAAAAGACAAGCAACUGCAAUCGGCAAACAACCAAAUACGAUCGUUGAGAGAAGAGAAUGAGUUUGGACUGUCUGCAAGAGAUGAAAGAAUUAGACAACUGGAAGAGACAAUUUCAAAGAAAGAAGACGAUCUUGCCAAAAUGACAGUUGAUCUCAACAAGGAAGUAGAUCAUCUCAAAAAGAAGAUUAAAAGGCUACAAGGUGAUAAUGAGGCGUUACAAAUUCGUGUGGAUACAGAGAGAGCAAACUUGGCAAAGGAAGCCCAAGCAGCAACUCUGCAACUUGAGGAAGCAUAUGCAGCACGAUUACACGAUUGUGAAAUGAAAAUGGAUUCGAUGGGCUCACAAUUAAGUAGCUAUGCUCAUCAAAUCAAAGAACAAGAUGACAGGAUACUGUUACUGCUGAAAGAGAAGGAAGAAUUGAUGAAGCGAGAUCCCAAUGGCUCCUUUGAGAAGCUUCUCGAGGAGCAAAUUAAACAGCUUCAAGAACACUAUGAAUCCGAAAAGGAGAAGUAUCGACUUCAAUAUGAGCAUAUGGUCAAAAAGUAUAAGAAUUUGAAAGAGAAGUAUUUCAAGCAAUCAUUAAGGCAAAACGAGUUGCAGAACUACUUGCUCAAACUCAAGAAAAAACACAAGAAAAAGAAAGAGGAAGGAGUAGAGGAGCAAGAUGAAGCAGCUAUUGUGACCACUUCCAUAGAUCAAACACAUUCAAAAUUUACAGCCAACACAAGUCCCAUGAAUAAUCAAAUAUUUGGGAAUAAUCCAUACAGCUCGUCACCCGUGAUACAAACAGAUGUGCCAAGCCGGCAUCAGCAGUACUAUGACGCUCAUCACGUCUCCUCACAAUUCGAAGACAGUGGUUACCCUAAAUUCAUCUAUCAACCUCCUCCUCCACAACAACACCAUUCUCCCAGCAUCAAUGAAAACACUCCUCCAACAUCUUUCUAUCAGCCCAUAAGCUCAGUUUCCAUAACUAAAAAGAGUCCUCCAAAUGGUAGUGUAAGCAACCACCCUAGUCAACCCUCAAGUCUUUCCCACUCCACAACGACGUCACAACAUACAGCACCUAAAAAGAAGAAAAAAUCGACGCAAGCUACAACAACAACAAAUACUUCAAGUCAUCACACAACCAGUAGAAGACCUUCCUCAAAUCCUCACACAAGAAGGUGA